AUGAGGAUUUCCGGCCGCGGCCCCAACGGGGGCCGUUUUUGGCCUCAAUGUGUCUUGGCAAUUGCUGUGCUGUUUGUGGCAUUGAGCAAUGUAGGCUCAGUCUCGGCGGAUGAUAAGUACCUGUACUCUUCUCCACCACCACCGUAUGAGUACAAAUCUCCACCACCACCGUCACCGUCUCCGCCACCACCGUAUGAGUACAAGUCUCCACCACCUCCGUCUUCAUCUCCACCACCACCUUAUGAAUAUAAGUCACCACCACCACCAAAGCAUUCUCCUCCUCCACCAUACUACUACAAGUCACCUCCUCCACCAUCUCCAUCACCACCUCCACCUUACUACUAUAAAUCGCCACCACCACCGGAGCAUUCUCCUCCUCCACCUUACUUUUACAAAUCCCCACCACCACCGGAGCAUUCUCCUCCUCCACCAUACUACUACAAAUCACCACCACCGCCAGAGAAAUCCCCACCUCCUCCAUACUACUACAAGUCACCACCACCGCCGGAGAAAUCUCCACCCCCACCAUAUUACUACAAGUCACCACCACCGCCAGAGAAAUCCCCACCUCCUCCAUAUUACUACAAGUCACCACCACCGCCAGAGAAAUCUCCACCCCCACCAUAUUACUACAAGUCACCACCACCACCGGUCCAUUCUCCUCCGCCACCGUACUACUACAAGUCACCACCACCGCCAGAGAAAUCCCCACCUCCUCCAUACUACUACAAGUCACCUCCACCACCGGUCCACUCUCCUCCACCACCUUACUACUACAAGUCUCCACCUCCUCCUGAAAAAUCACCACCACCACCUUACUAUUACAAAUCACCUCCACCACCAGUCCACUCUCCUCCACCACCUUACUACUACAAGUCUCCACCUCCUCCUGAAAAAUCACCACCACCACCUUACUAUUACAAAUCACCUCCACCACCAGUCCACUCUCCUCCACCACCUUACUACUAUAAGUCCCCACCACCACCUUCACAUCCUCCACCGUCCCCGUACUAUUACAAAUCUCCUCCACCACCAUACUACUACACUUCUCCUCCACCACCGGCACCGUAUCCCCACCCCCACCCCCACCCCCAUCCAUUUGUAGUGAAGGUUGUUGGCAAAGUUUACUGCUAUAGAUGCUAUGACUGGACUUAUCCAGUGAAGUCACACAACAAGAAACACCUCACAGGUGCUGUCGUGGAGGUGACAUGCAAGGUCGGCGACAAGACGACCACCGCGUACGGCAAGACCAAGGACAACGGCAAAUACAGCAUCACGGUGGAGGGAUUUGACUACAAGAAGUACGGAGUGGAGGCAUGCAAGGCCAAGCUCCACGCGCCACCAAAGGAUUCACCAUGUAACGUCCCUACAAGCCUUCAUUGGGGCAACAAGGGUGCCACUCUCAAGGUGAAGUCAGGCAACAAAUAUGAGGUGGUCUUUAAAGCUAAGCCAUUUGCUUAUGCUCCUAAGACACCUUACAAGGGAUGUGAAAAGCCCAAGCCUAGUCCUUCUCCUUACUACUACACUUCCCCACCUCCUCCUCCUCCCACUUACGUUUACAAGUCACCACCGCCUCCAACUUAUGUUUACAAGUCACCGCCUCCUCCACCUUACGUGUACAAGUCUCCACCACCACCUCCCCCAAAGUAUAUCUAUAAGUCACCACCGCCUCCACCUUACAUUUACAAGUCACCGCCUCCACCACCACCGACAUACAUCUACAAGUCACCUCCUCCUCCACCUUACGUGUACAAGUCUCCACCACCACCUCCACCAAAGUAUAUCUAUAAGUCACCCCCACCACCUCCUUACGUGUACAAGUCACCACCACCACCUCCACCAAAGUAUAUCUAUAAGUCACCCCCACCACCUCCUUACAUGUACAAGUCACCACCUCCACCACCACCAACGUAUAUUUAUAAGUCACCUCCACCUCCUCCUUACAUUUACAAGUCACCACCACCACCAGUACACUCUCCUCCACCUUAUUACUAUAAAUCUCCACCACCGCCAGUACAUUCUCCUCCACCACCUUACUACUAUAAAUCUCCUCCACCACCAGUGUACUCUCCACCUCCAUAUUACUACAAAUCACCCCCACCACCGGUGCAUUCUCCUCCUCCACCAUACUACUACAAGUCUCCACCUCCUCCAUCGCCAUCACCACCUCCACCUUACUAUUAUAAGUCCCCACCACCACCAGAGAAAUCUCCACCUCCUCCAUACUAUUACAAGUCACCUCCACCACCUGUCCACUCUCCUCCUCCACCAUACUACUACAAGUCACCACCACCACCAGUGAAAUCUCCACCACCUCCCUAUUACUACAAGUCACCCCCACCACCAGUGCACUCGCCUCCUCCACCCUACUACUACAAGUCACCACCACCACCACCAGAAAAAUCUUUGCCUCCUCCAUACUACUACAAGUCACCCCCGCCACCAGUGCACUCACCCCCUCCACCCUACUACUACAAGUCACCCCCGCCACCAGUGCACUCACCCCCUCCACCCUACUACUACAAGUCACCCCCACCACCGGAGAAAUCACCGCCUCCUCCAUACUACUACAAGUCACCCCCACCGCCAGUGCACUCGCCUCCUCCACCCUACUACUACAAGUCACCACCACCACCGGAGAAAUCUCCACCUCCUCCAUACUACUACAAGUCACCACCACCACCGGAGGAAUCUCCACCUCCUCCAUACUACUACAAGUCACCCCCACCGCCAGUGCACUCUCCUCCUCCACCAUAUUACUACAAGUCACCACCACCACCGGAGGAAUCUCCACCUCCUCCAUACCACUACAAGUCACCCCCACCGCCAGUGCACUCUCCUCCUCCACCCUACUACUACAAGUCCCCACCACCACCAGAGAAAUCUCCACCUCCUCCAUACUACUACAAAUCACCCCCACCGCCAGUGCACUCUCCUCCUCCACCAUACUAUUACAAGUCACCACCACCACCGGAGAAAUCUCCUCCUCCUCCAUACUACUACAAAUCACCCCCACCCCCAAUGCACUCUCCUCCUCCACCGUACUACUACAAGUCCCCACCACCACCAUCUCCAUCACCACCACCACCUUACCACUACACCUCUCCACCACCACCAUCGCCAUCUCCUCCUCCUCCCUACCACUACAGCUCCCCACCCCCACCUUCUCCAUCACCACCACCACCCUACCACUAUACCUCUCCACCACCACCUUCUCCGUCUCCCCCUCCUCCCUACCUCUACCAGUCCCCACCUCCACCGGUGAAAUCACCUCCACCUCCAGCCUACAUUUAUGCAUCUCCACCUCCACCAACUAUCUACUAAGCUCAAGCAGCUUAGCCUCUCACCAGCAUCAAUCAAAUUUUAGUUUCAAGAAUGUAAUAAUAAAGGAAGGCUCCAAGAGUGAAAGAUGUGGAGAUCAAGCUUCUUGUCCAAGCACAUCAUCAUUGAAUAAGGAUUUGAUCAUUGGAUUUCAGAAACACAAUCUGAUCAAUAAUUCAAUCCAAAAGGAUUCCAUUGCUAAGGUGGCCAUCUUGCACAUUGUGCUCAUAUUAUCUUCAACUGGUCUGAAAAAACUUUACUUGGACAAGUAGUGAGAUCAAUUAAUGUUGUUAGGAUUGGGAAUUGUUUGUGGGUGUUUUUCAUUUUGUUGAUUCAUAGGGUUUUUUUUAAUAAAUUAUUGUUGUUAUAUGUGUACAGAAUAGGACCCCAAUUUGAUUGGGAUUCUAUUUAUUUGUGGGCAUAUUUGUUUUCUUGGACCUUCUUGUGCACUGAGAUUGGUAAUAAUAAAUUAAGGAGGAUUUUUCCUCCCUUCACAUUUUCUUA